AUGGAUGGCACCUCUCGGCGCGAAAAAAAAGUGCUACGCUGCUUUGGGGGCGUCCGCCUUGCCUGUUCCAGCUGCGGGUGCCGGGUGUCGCAGAGCUACCUACCUGAGAGACACCACCACGGCAGACGAAUUCGGGGAGAGCACUUGGCUGAGACGUCUUGUCUUCCGACCCUCCCACACAAUCCCACAAUCCCACACAAUGCAGGACGCGAGGACGCUGCUGCAGUCGCGGUCCCAGGCGCAGCAUCGCGUUGGCCGUCCCACGGAGCCAUCCUCCUAGGACCUCUCCCGCACUUUAUGCCACCAGCAGGGGGGAAUAAGGACGGUGACGGUGAUCGACGUGUGAUCACCGCUCCCGACGACUCGACGACUCGACGACUCGACAGCUCGACGACUCGACAGCUCGACAGCUCGACAGCUCGACAACAACGUGACAAUGAUGCUGGGACCCGGCUGCCAAUCUGUGAAGGCGUUGGUUCAUUUGCAAUCUCCCGACGAAGUGGUAAUUGCCGCCAUUGCGGGUUGUGCACUAUCUCGUCAGCCCGCCACCACCACGACUGAUGCUCCACUAUGCCACCUUUGAUCCAUCCAGGAACGGGACGGGACACAAAAGCGCCAUUGAUUUGCACAAUUGUUAGUUGGCCGUGGCCGGUCCGUGUGCAGACAUCAAGUCACCGCGCGUCCAUGUAUGGCCGACCCCUUCCCUGGCGUCUUAAAACCUCCCGGGGCAUGAUCCUCCAAGCGAGAGACACCGCUAGAAACGUAGGGCGAGGCACAUUCUGGAUGGAUGGACAAGUGGCAAGCUAACAAUGGCGCUUUGGGCGCGUUGGGUG